AUGGCGCUGCGAAAGGACCGCCAGACGAAGUACUUCCUGCGCUGUCUCAAGACGCUGCUCCCGCAUCCCUAUACCUCCAAUGACUCCAACCGGAUGACGCUGGCGUAUUUUACGCUGGCCGGGCUGGACCUGCUGGGUGCGUUGGGCGGCGAGAAGCCGGCGAUAUCAGCGUCAGAGAGGGCCGGCUACGUCAACUGGCUGUACUACUGCCAGGUGCCGACAGGAGGGUUCCGCGGCUUCACGGGCGCCAACUUCGGAGACGAGAAGAGGACGCGGGAGAACGAAUGCUGGGACCCCGCGAAUGUGCCCGCGACGUUCUUUGCGUUGGUGACGCUGCUGAUUCUGGAGGACGACCUGGUGCGGGUCCGGCGGAGGGAAUGUCUCGCCUGGCUGAAGAGCAUGCAACGCGAAGACGGCUCGUUUGGACAGACUCUAGGGCCUGGGGGAAGCAUUGACGGAGCUCGAGAUCUGAGGUUCUGCUGCUGUGCGGCGGGCAUCAGAUAUAUCUUGCGCGGCGAGGACGAGGCUGAUAUAGGGAGUGAUAUUGACGCUGAAAGGCUGAUUGACUAUGUUCAGGCCUGCCAGACGUAUGAGGGUGGAUUCGCAGAGUCUCCGUUUAAUGAGUCCAAUGCUGGUUUGACAUACUGUGCGCUUGGUACACUAUCCUUUCUUGGGUGUCUACGGCCUGAGAAGAAGUUUACAUCUUCGGUGACAGUUCCUGGCUCUGCGGAGUAUGAGCGUCUGAUAUCAUGGCUGGUCUACAGACAGACUACGUUCAUCGAACAGGAAGAAACCGAGGAGGAAGAGGACGGUGAAGGUGAGACGGCGGGCAACGACAAGCCUGUGACGGAGACACAAGAUCAGAGCAAGACUGGCCUCUCCCUUGACAAUGCCAUAGCCUCGCUACCAAGCCUGAAAGCAGUGUCACCAUCAACGAGCCUCUGCGCCGGAUUCAACGGCAGACCCAACAAGAUAGCUGACACCUGCUACUGCUUCUGGGUCACUGGCUCGCUCGCCAUGCUUGACCAGCUGGGCCUGGUCGACUCGCAGGCCAACCGCCGCUACCUGCUCGAGAAGACACAGCAUAUGAUCGGGGGGUUUGGCAAGACCGCUGGAGAACCGCCAGGUAAGCCCGAAGCCUCGUCUCCCGCCCAUCCCUUGCUCGAUGCAUGUCCCUGUGCGGGUUCGUGGACUAAUCAAGACCGCCGGAAGAUCUGCUCCAUUCAUACCUUGGCCUUGCGUCUCUGGGACUCUUUGGCGAGGGGGCAGAAGAAGGAGGAGGAGGAGGAGGAGGAGAAGGCCUUGACGCCGUCGACCCUAUGCUGUGUGCCAGUCGACGUGUUCGCAGACACCUGGACUCGCUCCCGUGGAAGAAGAAGACAUGAUGCUGCCGUCAGUCUCCAAGUACACCCGCGUAGCACAGCAGAUCUCACGCCGUCAUGCGACUCCAUAGCCAUCUCCACGACUAUCAGUCAACAUCAACAUCAAUAUCAAUAUCAGACGUCAGAUCUCAAUCGUCAAUCAUCAUCAUCAAUCAUCAUCAUCAUCAUCAUCGCCCGUCCGUUCCCCCCCCCUAGACCGUCUCGUAGGCUAAACUCAACUCGACUAAAUAAAAAUAAAGCAAAAAAGCAACGCGCGACCCUCAAACAAACCCCCUAA